AUGCUGGCGCUGCAAUCCUACCUCACGGCCGUUGCCAGCCUCGUCCUCGCCUGCGCCGGCGCCGGUGUCCUAUCUUUCCCGUGGGCGCUCGCGGCGAGCCGCUUGCCCGCGUUCGGAGUGGUUGGCGUGGUCGUGCUCGGCGCAUGCUGUCUGGGCAUGCUCGUUCUCACUGAUCACUCCCUCGCCGACGGCCACGCAUGGUGCUAUGAGCGAAUACUGGAGCAGGCGUUCGGCUGGCGCAGCGCACGCGCCGCAACCGCGGCCAUCGUGCUCCAGCAGCUCGGCUCAUUGGUCGGCUUCCUCGUCGCCAUUGCAGACUUUGGAGGCCCACUCGGCCUCCCCGCGCCGGCGCUGCUCGGCGCACUGGGCGCCCUCGUGCUGUGGCCGCUCUCGCUGCUGCCUUCGCUGCGCUCGCUCUGGCUCCCGAGCGCGCUCUCCAUCGUGGCGGUCUGUGCCGUCUCCGGCGUGGUCGUCGCUCGUGCUGUCAUCGACGACAGCCGAUGCCCGACGGGCGCGCACGGCACGGAGCCUCCACUCGAUCUCCUCGCGUGGCCCUCGAGCCCCGCGCGGCUGCUCGAGUGCGCGCCGCUCCUGAUCUUCGGCUUCAACGCCCACCUGCAGGCGCCGAUCGUCGCGUCUGAGGCGGCCCUCGCCUACCCGGUCCUCUUGCACCCGCUGCUCGUCUCCACGACGCCGCACCACAGCGGCGCCUCUCCACCGACGCUCAGCGGCGCUCCGCCGACGGACGGCGGCGCCGGGGCCGGGCCCUCCAGCGAGCUGCUGUUGCCGCCGGUCGCGCGGCUGCAGCGCACCUCCAUCUGCUGCUGGAGUAUCUGCAUCCGCUGCUGCAGCCCUCGCUGCCCCGCGCGGGCCGCCGCGCUGCGCAGCGGCGCCAUCGUCGCGCUCACCGUCGCGCUCGCCCUCGCGGCCCGCCAUCGGCUGAACGCCGUCUUUGCGGUCCUCGGCGGCUCCGUCGGCGCGGCGCUCGUCUGCUGGUUCCCCGCCGCGCUGCUAGUCGCCGACGCCCGAGGUGGCAUCGCCGCCGGCAGCGCGUGGUACGUCGCCGCGACGCGUGGGCUGUUGGCAGCGGGGCUGGCGGCGCUGGGGGUUGCGGCGCUAGCCGGCACUCUCGUCACCUUGUCACGUCGCAGCUAG